AUGUCACCUUUCAGAGUUGUAUUUGGAAAAGCUUGCCAUCUACCUGUGGAGAUUCAACACCGAGCCUAUUGGGCUGUGAAGGCUUGUAACUUGGACAUGGAAGGAGCAGGGAAAGAGAGAAAGCUCCAACUGCAAGAACUAGAGGAGAUUAGGCUCACAGCCUAUGAAAACUCCAAGUUUUACAAAGAGAAAACCAAGAAAUUCCAUGAUCAAAAGCUUGUGACCAAAAAGGAUUUCAACAUAGGUCAAAAGGUGUUAUUGUACAAGUCCAGGGUAGGGCCUAUGAGUGGUAAAUUACGCUCCAAAUGGGAAGGUCCAUUCAUUGUAACACAAGUGUUUCCCUAUGGAGCAGUGGAGAUCCAGGAAGAAUCUUCUGAUAGAAUCUUCAAGGUUAAUGGCCAUCGUCUGCGGAUAUUUAAUGAAAAUCAAGACAUGUUGAACAAGACGAUGGAUGGAGUGAAUUUGACCACUCCAACAUUCCUUCCACCUUGA